AUGAAUUUUAAUGAAAUUUACAAAUAUUAAACUCAAUAAGAAGUAGAAGAUGCAAAAAAAACUUCAAACAUAAGUUAUAGCACUGAAAAAAUCUAAUCUGAAAAUCACAUAAAAAAUAUAUAAAAUAUUGAAGAUAAUUCUCUUCAUAGCUUCAAUUAAGAAGACAAUAGUAACAUUUCUAAUUAAUAAGAAUAACAAUCGAGUUUUGAUCAAGCAAAUAAUUAGUAGAACUUUUCAAAUGAAGAAGACGUUGAUUAGAUUAACCAAAAUCAAUAAACUGAAAACUAAUUUUAACAAAAUGAAUCUUCUGAUUAGAAUUAUGAUGAUAUAUUUUCAAGUGAUUAUAGAUAAAAUGAAUAAUAACAAGAUGAUAGUUUUUUUAAUUAAAUCUAAGCAAUAUUAAGUGUAGAUUAUCAAUAAUUCUAUCAAAAUCAAUAAUUAUAAAUUAAUCUAAAUUAUCCAAAAAAAAAUACUUGCAAAAAAUGUGACAUAGCUUAUAAAAAUUUAAGUGGAUUACACAACCAUGUCAAAGAUGUUCACAGAUCUUAAAAAGUUUAAGAUUUUGCAUUAGAACCAGCUUAAAAAAGAGGUAGACCCAAAAAAGUUAUCAAUAAAAAUUAUUAGAAAAUAAAAUAAUGA